AUGGGCCUUCACUUAAGCUCUGCCUGGAGCACCCCCAGGGGCUGGAGGCUGAUUACAGUAACACUCGUCGCCCUGACCUUGCUGCUUGUUGUACCCCUCCAUCGGCUCAGCGACGAUUCACCGGGCGUUUAUGGACAUUUGACCAAUUAUCUCAGCCAUGAAGGUGCCGCAUACGAUGUCGAAGAAGGCUUUGUCGCCAACCUCAACGAGACGACUACCAACCAAAUACUGAACGACAAGGAGCCUGCCGAAAAGAACCCAUACGAUACGGAUUCGCCACAAUACACAGGCGAGAAAGAUAAAGAAGCUUCCGCCAGCGCUGAGAAGCCUGCUGGAGCUCAACACCCAGAGGACGACAAGAAGGCAGAGGAUGCAGAGGAUGACGGAGCGGUUCUUGAGAUUGAUCAUGGCGACAGCGAUACACCCCAAAGCACCGACCAGAUCCACAGCGAGGUGCCAAAGGAGACCACGAAACCCGAGAGCAGCGAGACCGAAUCGCAGGCUGUACAAAGUGGUGAACCCAAGUCGCAAGAGGAUGGAAACAAGCCCGAAGAGGCCGACAAGGAACAUCGGCCACAGGAUAACACGCAGCCUCAGACCGGCGAGAAAAAACUCCAGGCCGAUGAGAAAGCCUCAGGCGACGAGCACAAACCUCCACACAGUGAGAUUAAGACCGAAGAAAGCGAGAACAAGCAUCAGCAGGGCGAUGACAAGGCCGAGGACAAGGACAAGGGAGACAAGCAGCCUGAUGGUACCAAGCUCUCUGAUCAGUCGCAAAACAACAAUGACCACAAGAACGAAGACGGCGAUAGCGCGACAACCAGCAUCGCGAGCGAGUUCAUGCCUUCUCAAACGGCAGACUUGGAUGUUCCCUCGGGUCCUUUAUCAAACUGGACCGGAGUUUGUGAUGGCUUUCCCAACACUGAUGGUAUCAUGCUUGUCAUGAAAACCGGUGCCACCGAAGCAUUUACAAAGCUCCCGGCCCAUCUCUUGACGAGUCUGCAGUGUCUGGAUGACUAUCUUCUCUUUUCUGAUCUGGACCAACAAAUCGACAAGUACCAAAUCUACGACGUCCUCAAGGACGUGAAGGAUGACGUCAAAAAAGGACGCAAGGAAUUUGACCUCUACAAAGCCCAAACUGAAUGCCCAAUUGCUCAGCAGUACUGCACCGAGAACAUGAAGGAAGGCUGGAAUCUUGAUAAGUACAAGUUCCUCCACAUGGUAGAGAAAGCCUGGGAGAUGCGUCCCAACAAGGAGUGGUACGUGUUUGCUGAAGCCGACACCUACGUCUUCUGGUCGAAUCUCGUGUGGUAUCUCCGCAACAGGGUCAAUGGCACAGAGACACCGUACGUCGGCAGUGUUGCCAUGCUCAAGGGAAAGCCAUUCGCCCAUGGCGGCAGUGGUUAUGUGAUCCAUGGAGACACCAUGAGGAAGAUGGUUGAGAUUCCUGACUUGGCACACAAGUACGAUAUGAUGGCUACCCAUGAAUGCUGUGGUGAUUACCUCAUGUCCCUGGCUGUCAUGGAAACCGGCAAGAAGGUCAAACAAGCACACCCAAUGUUCAACGGCGAGAAGCCCAUGACCCUUCCAUUUGGCAACAAUCACUGGUGUGAGCCCCUCUUGUCCAUGCAUCACAUGAAUCCCGAGGAAGUCAGCGACGCCUGGCAUUUCGAGAAGACGCGACAGAAAAAGGGGUUCAUCCAAAUCAGAGAAAUGUAUCACCAGUUCUGGGCUCCUCAGCUGGAGGCCGAGCACGACGAGUGGGAUAACUUGUCUGACGAUGUCUGCUAUAUCGGAUUUGGUCCUGAAGCUCAGGGCAAGGCCACUGACCACCAGAAGGGCCGACAAAAGAAGGAAAAUGAGAAGAACGCAAUUGAGCAACACGCUCACCGAUCCAAGGAGCACUGUGCUAUGGUCUGCGAGGCUGAAAACCUCGAUAUUUCGGAAGACGAUUAUUACAAUCUCAAGGACGACAAAGAACGCAACGAGAUGAUUAGGUCCCGCUACAGUCAGAAGAAGGGUAACAAGGAGUGGCACGCUGGCCGGCGCUGUUUCCAAUGGCGUUACCACAAUAACGUGUGCUGCAUCGCCAGGAGUUUCAAGAGGGGCAAGCCUCGCAAAGAGCAAAAGCCGGAAGAGAAGUGGACGAGUGGCUGGUUUGUGCAAGGCAUCAACGAUUGGAUCGACGCCAAGGGUGACUGUACACCGAAGUGGAAGGAUUAA